GGCCAGGCGGUACAGCCAGCCCGUUCAAGCCGGAGCCCGAGGACUUGCCAGCCCAACCUCCACCGCGGGGCCCGCUAUGGGGCUCCGCUCCGGGGCGCGCCGCCGCCCGGUCCCGGGGACCGUCUCUGCUGCGAGGGUCUGAGCGCGGCCGCCCUGGGGAGGGUGGACGGCCAGGCGCGUGGGCUGAACCGCUGGGUGACCUUGGCAAGGCUGAUCUGGCUCGGCCGCCACGACGCGCAGAUGUUUUCAAGUCAGCAAACAUUUAGUGAGCACCUCCUGUGUACAAGAUGAACAUCUGCAACAAGCCCUCCAACAAGACAGCCCCUGAGAAGAGUGUAUGGACAGCACCCGCGCAAGCCAGCCGACCCUCCCCGGAGCUGCACGGCCAGCGAUCCCGUCGGAAUGGGUGGAGCUGGCCCCCUCACCCGCUCCAGAUUGUGGCCUGGCUGUUAUACCUCUUCUUCGCUGUGAUUGGCUUUGGGGUCCUUGUUCCCCUCUUGCCUCACCACUGGGUGCCUGCUGGCUAUGCUUGCAUGGGCGCCAUCUUUGCCGGCCACCUUGUGGUGCACCUGACUGCUGUCUCCAUUGAUCCAGCGGAUGCCAACGUGCGGGACAAGAGCUACGCAGGGCCCCUGCCCAUCUUCAACCGCAGCCAACACGCACAUGUCAUCGAAGACCUGCACUGCAACUUGUGCGAUGUGGAUGUGAGCGCUCGCUCCAAGCACUGCAGCGCCUGCAACAAGUGCGUGUGCGGCUUCGACCACCACUGCAAGUGGCUCAACAACUGCGUGGGCGAGAGGAACUACCGGCUCUUUCUACACAGUGUUGCGUCUGCCUUACUGGGUGUCCUGCUCCUCGUGCUGGUGGCUACUUAUGUCUUCGUGGAGUUCUUUGUCAACCCUAUGCGGCUGCGCACCAACCGCCACUUUGAAGUCCUGAAGAAUCACACGGAUGUGUGGUUCAUGUUCCUGCCUGCUGCCCCUGUGGAGACCCAGGCUCCUGCCAUCCUGGCCCUGGCUGCCCUACUUAUCCUUCUGGGCCUGCUCUCCACAGCCCUGCUUGGCCAUCUGCUCUGUUUCCACAUUUAUCUCAUGUGGCACAAGCUCACCACCUAUGAGUACAUCGUGCAGCAUCGCCCACCACAGGAGGCAAAGGGGGCCCACAGGGAGCUCAAGUCAUGUCCCCCCAAGAUGCGGCCCAUUCAGGAGAUGGAGUUCUACAUGCGGACCUUCAGCCAUGUGCGCCCAGAGCCCCCUGGCCAGGCUGGGCCUGCUGCAGUGAGUGCCAAUCCCUCCCGGUUCCUUGCCACCCUCGGCCAAGUGGAGCCUCCAUCGCCCUCCUCCCCAGAGACUCUGGCUCUGCCACCCCAGAUCCGACCCCAGAAAAAGAGGAAGCGGUGCGUGUAUAAGGUGCCGACUUCUGGGGCCUUGGACCGGGAGCCCCCGCUGCCCAGGCUGCCGGUCUCACUUUCUCUUGCACCCCCUCAGGGCCCCAAGCCCUGGGCCGCCGCUCCAGCUCGUCGUCGGAUUCCGCGGACGCCAGCUCGCUGCACGACGCUGGCCCUGCAGGUGCCUACCACUCGGCGUCAGCCGAGUCCAUGGACGAGAUUCCAGUGGCGCAGACGCGCCUGGGCAGCGCCGCUCUGGCCGCCUCUGAGGGCAGAGGCCGAGAGCCCGAGAGGGUGCUGCAGGUGCGUGCGCCCGCCGUUUUCGUGAGCUCGAGCAGCGGCAAGCCUGGGGCGCGGGGCAGCCCAGAGGCCGGCCUGGUUUAGCUGGGUCGAGAGGCAGGAGGGCAGAAGAGGCGCGGCCGGCCCACUCUCUAUGCAACAACCCCACCCUCGCCGCACCGAGUGCACUUUAGGGGCCCUUACGGCUGGCGGGAUCGGUCCCCUCCCCUACAACUCAGCAAUACCCGCCCCACCGGCCAUGAUGCUCCAAUAAACUUUUUUAUGCUUUUGCGGA